CACUCCAAAUCGUUUCAACGUGCAUCUCAUUCCUAUAGUCAGUUCUUCAAAAAGGAUAGGCAGUAUCUGAUAUCUAAAAUCGAUUUACGGUCCUCCAACAUCACGAUGUGGAGAACAUUGUUGACACUGUCGAUAGUCAGCUUACCUCUGGCUAUGCCAGCUCCUCAAAAGAAAGAUUGUGAGUGUGUGCCAUAUUAUCGAUGCAAAGUUCAACCUCUGCUGGAACAAGGUGCAGGGCUGAUUAAUAUCAGUGUAUCAAAUUCAUGCACGGACUUCCUAAAUAUCUGCUGUGACACAUCAGAAACGAUAAAAGAUAUUACAAUUAUACCACCGCCAAUUGUGAAUUAUGGUUGUGGAAGAAGAUACCCCAACGGUGUUGAAUUUAAAAUUACCGGUGACUUCGACAACAAAGCGCAAUUCGGUGAAUUCCCAUGGAUGGUGAUCAUAUUACGGAAAGACCAAGAUAAGAAAUUUGAAUUUCAAUGCGGGGGUUCUUUAAUUCACAAGCAGGCUGUUUUAACCUCAGCUAGUUGUGUGCAUAGGAUAAACCCGUCCAAAUUAAAAAUUCGUGCUGGAGAAUGGAACAGACUGUCUAGUAAUGAACCUUUUCCUUAUCAGGAUCGCAAUGUAAAAAAUAUAAUCGUUCAUGAAAAGUUCAAUUCUAGGCCUUCACGCUACGAUUUCGCCAUCUUGAUUUUGUCUGAGCCAGUAAAUAUUACGCUACACGUGAACGUCGUUUGUCUGCCGGAACAAAACACUGUAUUUAAUAAUUCAUCAUGUUACGUUAGUGGUUGGGGAACGGACGAAUUGGGUGGGGAUAUACAGACAAUCUUGAAAAAGAUUGAUGUGCCGAUAAUGCCACGUGAUCUAUGUCAGGAUAGGCUACAAUCUAAGAAAAAAGACAUCGUUCUUCACGAGGGCUUUAUAUGUGCCGGGGGAGAGGGUAAAGAUACUUGCAUGGGUGAUUCGGGAAGUCCGCUUGUAUGUCCAAGUAAAAAUGAUCCCGGAAGAUAUGUACAAGCAGGUAUUGUAUCAUGGGGAAUUGGUUGUUAUUUGGACAGAAUUCCGUUUGUUAACGCCGACGUUGCAUUUGCACGUGGUUGGAUCGACGAACAAAUGACACUUCAUAAUUUGGAUAAUACCUCUUAUCAACCUUCAACAUAGAUUGAUUGGCUACUUUACAACUUUAUAUGGAUAAAAAUCAAUAUCGUUUGCUGCAGUGAAACUGUUGUAUUGCUUAUUAUUUUGCUUUAUAUUUUAAUGUUCUAUACGAAAAGUGCAAUAAAAAGAUGUUAAAUAUAA